AUGGUUUCUUCCAGUGUUGAAACACCAGUUUUUAUCAAUACAAAUUUGGGUACUCGAAUUUCUCUACCUAUUUUCCCAGAUAUUACAGCUAAGGAGUUCAAGAGAAAGCUUGAAAAGGCACAUCUAAGUUGUUUCCCAGAAGUGGGGAAAAUCAGGGUGAAUGGGUUAUUGGUAAAGAGGAAAUCAUACCACUACCACCUGCCCGAGUCAUUGCCUCUCAAAUAUGCUUUUCAGGGUUCAAGAAGUGCUUGGUUUCUUCAAAUUGAAGCGCAUAAAAGGGAUAUUUCCAACAAAAUAGAUUCAGUUGAAUGCAGUGAUACUAAAAUUAACAAUAAUAUUCCCCCUGGUGAUGGCGUUACUGGUUCUGUUGAAUUCAUCGGUUUUAUGGGCAGUGAUAAGAAUAAGUUGAAACGCAAAAGAAAGAAGAACAAGAUUCUUGAAGGUUCCUACACUAGACAGUUUCUGGGAAAGGAAGAAGAGGGGGAGAGAGUAAAGAGAAAACACAUGUUUGAAUGCCAAGAACAAAGCUCCGAGCAAUGGCACCUUAUUUCCGAGAGGCUUGGUCAAGCUGCAGUUAAUUGGAGCAACAAGUGGGAUUUCAAUGCAGCGGCAGAGGCACCUAGCGAGAUGUUAUCAGAAUCAAAAUCAGUUUCAGGAAUUAUCAAGAAAUACUUCUCAAAUAAUGAUGAAGUGACGUCGAGCUCAACUCUCUCUUUUAAAGCAGUCCGGAGUAACCAUAAAGAAAAGCCAAAGGCUAGAAUAGAUUGCAAAUUCGCGAACAUUCAGUUGGAUGUAGCUUCACCAGUCACAGGCCUAACACCUCUACAAAUGCCUCACUCUCCAUGGAAAGACAAUACGGGUUCUGAAGCCUCAAGUUACAAGUGUAAAAAACCUGAAGUUGGAAAGCGCCUUCUGCUAGCAUCAAAUAAUCUUGGGCUUUCUCCAAGUUAUCAAAUGCCUGCACUUUCUGUUUGCAAGUCUCACGAUAGGAAAUCUGCAGUUCACAAAUGUACUACGGUUAGAAGUUUAGUCUUUGAGAUCCCAGACGAAUGA